GUCUUUGCAGAAUGGCUGGGGGGAGGCACACCAUGGUGUCUGUAAAAUGGGCUGUGGCAAUUUUUCUGUUGCAGCUUUGCUGGAGUGGCUGUGGCAUCUGCAGCAAGGUCCUUGUGUGGCCCUGUGAUAUGAGCCACUGGCUGAAUCUCAAGACUAUUCUUGAGGAACUCGCAGCAAGAGGGCAUGAGGUGACAGUCCUGAAAUAUCCCAGUAUUAUCAUAGAUCAGAGUAAACUUACUCCACUGCAGUUCGAGAAUAUCCCUGUGCUGUAUGAAACUGAGGUUGCCGAGAAUCAUCUAAAUGAAAUUGUAAACCUAGCUGUGAACGUUAUUCCAAACCUGUCACUGUGGGAAGCAGCAAGAACACUUCAAGAUUUCUUUCUUCAGCUGACUGGCAAUUUUGAAGAUCUCUGUAGGAGUACAUUGUACAACCAGACACUCAUGAACAAGCUACGGGAUGCAAAAUAUGAUGUAAUGGUUUUGGACCCUGUCAUUCCCUGUGGAGAGCUGGUGGCAGAAGUACUUCAGAUCCCUUUUGUAAACACAUUGAGGUUCAGCAUGGGCUACUCCAUGGAGAAAUACUGCGGCCAACUUCCAGUUCCACUUUCGUAUGUACCGGUUGUCAUGGGUGAACUAACAGACCAUAUGACCUUUACAGAGAGGGUGAAAAAUAUGAUGCUUUCACUGUUUUUUGAGUUUUGGCUCCAGCAAUAUGACUUUGCAUUCUGGGAUCAGUUUUACAGUAAAACUCUAGGAAGACCCACCACAUUUUGUAAGACUGUGGGGAAAGCUGAAAUUUGGCUAAUCCGAACGUAUUGGGAUAUUGAAUUUCCUCGGCCAUAUUUACCAAAUUUUGAGUUUGUGGGAGGACUGCACUGCAAACCUGCCAAGCCUUUGCCUAAGGAACUGGAGGAAUUUGUUCAGAGCUCUGGAGAACAUGGUGUUGUAGUGUUUUCGCUGGGGUCAAUGAUCAAAAACCUGACAGAAGAGAAAGCCAAUCUCAUUGCAUCAGCCCUUGCCCAGAUUCCCCAGAAGGUUUUGUGGAGAUACUCAGGCAAGAAGCCAGCCACAUUAGGACCCAAUACUCGGAUUUUAAAUUGGAUUCCCCAGAAUGAUCUGCUUGGACAUCCUAAAACCAGGGCUUUCAUCACACAUGGUGGAACGAACGGGAUCUACGAAGCCAUUUACCACGGGGUCCCUAUGGUGGGCAUUCCCAUGUUUGGUGAUCAGCCUUACAACAUCGCUCACAUGGAGGCCAAGGGAGCAGCCGUGAAAGUCGCCAUCAACACGAUGACCAGCGCAGAUUUGCUCAGUGCCUUGAGAGCGGUCAUUAAUGAGCCUUCCUAUAAGGAGAAUGCCAUGCGAUUAUCAAGAGUCCACCACGAUCAGCCUGUGAAGCCCCUGGACAGAGCCGUCUUCUGGAUUGAGUUUGUCAUGCGUCACAAAGGAGCCAAGCACCUUCGUGUGGCUGCACAUGACCUCAGCUGGUUUCAGUACCACUCUCUGGAUGUGAUCGGGUUCCUACUGGUCUGUGUUGUAACUCUGACAUUCGUCAUCACUAAAUGUUCUCUGUUUAUGUGUAGAAAAUGUUGUUUGAGAGAAAGGAAGAAAAAGGGUAACAGAAAGAAAAAGAACUAGGUCUUUUUUAGAUUUGGGAAAGUCCUGAGUGACAUUAUAUUAAUUCUAACCACAAGAAGCCUGCAACCAUCUGCUUUAGUCCUAUUUUCAAAUAAGCUGCUCUGUUUCAGACAGGAAACAAAUGUAGACAUGUAACAUAAUGAUUAACUUCUAGUGUAUUCCAUUCUUCUAUCUUGUAGGCAUUCUCCUCUCUCUUUCCUCAGAUAUGGAAACCGUGACUUCUAAAUAUAGUCUAUAGAAAUGAAGUGAUGAAUAACAAUAUGUUAGACCUCUGGGAAGGCACAUGAUAUGAAUAUUAUUGAUGUAUGUCAGGAUCUCCUAGAGUCAAUGUCACAAGCCUAUCAUAUUGUCUAAGAACAACCACAGGAACUUAGUGUAUUGUGAGAUGAAACUUAUCUAAUAAAAAUGAACUUUUCUGUUUCUCUAAUGUUGCAGAUAUUACAACAUGAAUUCUUUUUGAUUUUCAAAAAAUAUUUUUAUUAAAUAGAAUUUUUAAUUUA